UUAAUAGAAACUUGAAUAAAAAUAAAUAAAUAAAUUAAUAUUUGUGUAAAGAAUGGCGGGGAAAUGGCCAAUGUGGCAACUGCGCACUCUCACACAGCAUCCCACCAUGCUGAUUGAGAAUCUCAAUGAUGGGGCAGCACACGUCCAUAUUAAAUCAAGACCUUCUUCACUCCCCAUUUUAUAAUGAGGGUGGUAUAUUAGCGUAAUAAUGAUUGAGAACACCACGUAUUCCAUCACCAACUUCCGUCGCAACAGCACUGUUUCUUGAUCAACCGACCCUCGUUGGGAUUUUACCAUAUACGACCUGCAGGAGGGAAAUUCAUCAUUCUUCUUGUGAAGCUGGUCAGGAACGGACGAGACAGUGCUCCCUCCGCAAAGUAUUAUACCUAAAUAUUUAAUGUGACUGAAAGUUGUUUUUCUGUAAAGUGUAUCGUCUAUAAACUAAAUGACUCAAAGUUAAUAAGAUCUUUUUUUUAAUGUGAAAUUGUUCCAAAAAAAUAAAUAUAAUUUUUACCUAAUCCGACAAGUGGAUAUUCACGAGCCAUGAAAUUUUGAGAGAACCCACAGAAAAUACAAGCAGACGUGGAAAAAAAUCAUUAAUGAAAUUUAUCCGAGAGAUAAGCAAAGUGUUGGUGAAUUGCAAGUGAAGAAGUGCAUACAGAAAAAAAAUGAUCCAUCCUUCUACAAAGUAUCCAUCAAAUCCACUGUCACACUUUCUCACUGGAGUCUCCACUCCUGGCACUAUCCCAAAUCAUCAUCAUCCACCAACACAGUCAUUCAGUGACAUAGAAAAUGGGCACAACACCCCCUUGGAGGUUGUGAAUGGAAACAUCGGGAAAUCCUUUACAAUUGCCGCAAUUUUGGGUCUCAAGAAGAAUGCAGCGGCUGCUGCUGCAGCUGCUGCAGAUAACAACAAUCGCACUUUCGAGGAUGUUAUGAACUUAUCACUCAAUCACAACAUCACCACCGAUAGCAACAAAAGUGUAAAUCACUUUGCGGAAAGCCAACGGCUUCUUAGCCUCAGUGGAGGAAAUUUGACGAGACUCCCGGGGAUUUCAGCCCUUUCCCCGCACUAUACCCACCACCAACCAUCCGCUCUUCAGAGUCUCCAGCAACUCCAUCAACAACAUUCCUCGUCAACAGCAAAUCAUCUUAGUUUUCCACAAAGGGAACGAAACAGGAGUGAUCACAGUGGGUCUAAGAAGUCUUCAAUGAAGAGCAAAAGGGUACGAACAAUAUUUACUCCAGAGCAAUUAGAAAGGUUGGAGGCGGAAUUUGAGAGACAGCAAUAUAUGGUGGGACCUGAGAGACUCUACCUUGCUCACACUCUUCAAUUAACAGAAGCACAGGUUAAAGUUUGGUUCCAAAACCGACGGAUAAAAUGGAGAAAGCAUCAUCUGGAACUUACUCAGCAGCGACUAGCUAUUCUGCGACAGAGACAAAUCACAGCAUCUGGUGCUGUCGCCAUCAGUAAUACCCUACCGCCCACGGAAACCGACAUGGGAGCCUGCAGUGAUUCAAUGGAGGCUACAAGUGGUCAAGAGGAUAACUAAGAUGUAAAUCCUUAUAGGCCACACACCAAAGUACAGGGAGUUUCAUCACUUUAGCAUUCCAAUGUAAAUAGAAAGAAUUCUUGUAAAUAUUUCUAACUCACCAUUAAAGAUACAAAGAUGUGGAAUCAA